GACUUUAUGGCGUCCAUGCCAUGGGAUGUAGGAAGCCAAAAUUCGGUCAUUAAGGUCCAUACCGUAAGGACCGGUAGGCGACCCAUAUGAACUGUACUGUACACGUACCCCUUGGGGCUUGCCUUGAUAUCCGGAACAAGCGGGUCCCAGCAUGCGUCGAUUGUUGAGAGGCUCGGCAAGUCUCCUUGGUACUUGGUAUGACCACAGUAUUUCAAAGUCUUACUCUCCCGCUGCUUCACGAUUUCAUUUCUCCAAUUUCCAGUUCUACUUGUUGAUCGUCGCACAGUCUCCUUGUCUGACCAAAGUCACUCUUUGGGUUGUUUCCUGCUCGCUCUCACUAGCCCUGACCCGGUUUGCGGUCAACCAAUAGCUCCUAAUCGAUGCCUUUGAUAACCCAAGAAGAUGGGAGGUCAAGGUCGAUUUUUGAAUGAUGGGGGAAUUAAAGGCUCGUCAGAGGCGACGAGGAUGUUUCUUCUUACUGCCUGCUUGGUGGGGAUACA